AUGCCCGCCGGUCAGUCUCUUGCGGAACAGAUGGGCAUCGACAUCAGUCGGCGCAACCCGCAGCCGCGCCCGCUGACUGAGGAGGAGCGCGCGCGUCUGGACGAGUUUAUCGACUCGAUCCACUACUCGACGAGAUACUCGGACAGCGAGUACGAAUACCGCCACGUGCAACUGCCCAAGGCCAUGCUCAAGGCCAUCCCGCCCGAGUACCACGAUAAGUCUAAGGGCACCCUCAAGCUUUUGUGGGAGGAGGAAUGGAGGGGCAUGGGCAUCACUCAGAGUCUGGGCUGGGAGCACUACGAGGUCCAUGAGCCUGAGCCCCACAUCCUGCUUUUCAAGAGGCCCCUCAAUUACCAGCCCCCGCAGCAGUGA